GCCGUGUCUGCCACAUCAGCUAGAAGCACAACUUAAAAGACUUUCACCUAAUCGCAGAGAAGCAAUCUGAGAACGUUCUGUAAGGUUUACAAGCCAGCCAAUCAGAAGCUGCUUGUGACAUGUUGACCUUCCAGCGAGGUGGUGCAAUUAAGCCACAGCCGCCCAUGCAGUUCCAUGGACUAUCCGCUUUGUUGCAAUGGGCCCAAACCAGCUGGAGAAAAGGGAGGCAACAGAGGAGCUGAGAUGUCCUGGUUUUCGUUUUGGUUUUGCCGCAAUUGCGAACCCCUUGUAAUUCCAAAAGCUGGUUCUUUUCUGAGCGAACCUCUUGGAGUUGGGAUAUGCUUUUGAAGAUCAUUCCUGACCAGCUUCUACGAGAUUCUUCCAGUUGGUGGCAAGAAUCAAAGAAAAGCUAGCAACUGACCUAUGUACAGUCCUGCAGCAUUCUGUGUUUAAGUGCGUUCUUACAAUGGCUGAGAUGGAUGAUGCCAAAAGUGGCCAUGGCCGUUCGCUCUUCUGGUCAGCGCUAGCAAUCCUAGCAGUGGCGCUGCUUGUGUUUCCUAUGGUGCAACCAAACUUACCCGGUUUGGAAACCCUAAUUGGGGGAGCCAUCUCCCCUCAAUUCGAGGAACCAAUCCAAGAAAGCACGCCUGGGUUUUGCGCCUGUCAGGCUACCACAGUUGGCGAGACAGUCAGUGACUGUUGCUGUGACUAUCAGACAGUCAACUCACUCAACGGGGGUGUCCUACACCCCCUUCUGCAUGUCCUGGUCAAGAAGCCUUCUUUCAGUUACUUCAAGGUCAAGCUGUGGUGUGACUGCCCCUUCUGGCCAGACGACGGCAUGUGUCACCUGCGGGACUGCAGUGUGUGCGAGUGUACCGAGGACGAGGUCCCCUUGACUUUCAAAAAGGGGGGGGACAGUAGCCUGGGAGAUGAGGGGGGGCAGUGUACAGAGGAUCCGAAGGGGGUGGUCGAUCGCACGCUAGAAACGAAAGGGUUUCAAGGAUGGACGGAGAACGACAAUCCUUGGACGGCAGAUGACGAGUCAUCGGAUGAGGAUAUGGUGUACGUCGAUCUGCGGAUUAACCCGGAGAAGUACACGGGUUACAAGGGGGUUUCGGCGAGCAGGAUCUGGGAGGCUAUUUAUAGCGAAAACUGCUUUCAAGAGGGCCUGAGCGACACGUGUACCGAGCGGCGCGUGUUCUACCGGCUCAUCUCCGGCGUGCAUACGUCCAUCGCAGUGCACAUCGCCAAGCACUACCUCAUUGACGAGGAGGCUGAAACGUGGGGCACCAAUCUGGACAUCUACAGAGAGCGGAUACACGCGUAUCCGGAGCGACUUCAGAACCUGUACUUCACCUUUCUCUUCGUGCUCAGAGCGGCCACUAAGGCUGCCGACUUCUUAGCAAGCGCCGAAUACAGUACGGGCUUCCCUGUAGAGGACGCGGAGACGGCAGCGCUGGUCCAGCAGCUGGUAUACAACGAGCGGCUGAUGCAGGCGUGUCCGGUGCCGUUCGACGAGGCGCAGCUGUGGAAGGGCGACGAGGGGCCUGCGCUCCGGGCGCAGCUGACGUCACACUUCCGGAACAUCAGCGCGAUCAUGGACUGCGUCGGGUGUGAGAAGUGCCGAUUGUGGGGCAAGCUCCAAAUACUGGGGCUCGCAACGUCCAUGAAAAUUCUGUUCUCCGAGGGUACGGGCAAGCAGCCUGCUCUCCAACGAAACGAGGUGAUCGCGCUGAUCAACUUAUUAGCGAGGCUGUCUGAGUCCCUCGACUCGGCUGUCGUGAUGGGGGCGGAGGUUCAUAGAGCAGGUAGCCAGAAUCCGUUAACAGGUGGUGCUCCCAUCUUCUCUGAGCAAGUAUCCCAAGGUAAUCGAAAUACUUUACCAGACGUAGAAGCCGUCAGCUGAAGUUGGGUUACAUAAUGAUCAUGACAGUGAGAGACGAGCCCUUCGGCACGCAAGCAGGCAUUGCCUUAGCAAGAAGUACCUAGGCACUUUGAGGCCCGAGAAUUUUGAAAACAGGUGUCUUGUUUUCACGACGCCCUUAGACAGCUCUUCUCAGGACCUGCUUGUGUGUGAUUGUGACCAUCAUGAGAUCAUAACCAGAUAACAGGUCCGCACGUGAGCUAGUGACCAUUGUACAACAAGUGCGAGCUCAAUUGUUACAAGCUAGUGCUGCGUAUUCGCUUAAAUUUCGGAAAAGCAUGUUUGGCCUUUCCGUCGGCCAGGG